AUGCCUUCUACUGCUUCUCAGCCUGUCAUUGUGGUUGGCGCCAGCCUAGUUGGGCUAUCCGCCGCCCUCUGUCUUACCUCUCACAAAGUCCCAACUAUUGUUCUUGAGAAGCAUGCUGGUAUCUCCAAACAUCCUCGAGCAAUUGGGUUCACUCCGCGUACGAUGGAAAUAUACCACACGGUUGGGAUUGAGAACAACGACCCUGCCCCGGAUGACUUCAAACUUGAACGAGCGCACGUCGAAAGCGUGGCUGGCAAAUGGCAUGAGAGCUCAUCUUGGUCCGACACCGAGAAAAAGCAGAAGGGGGAAACAAAAGCAAGCGAUGCGCCAAAGGGCCCUUCGUUAAAGAAGGAAUACUCCGCUGCUCGGGGAUACGCCAACCCGCAAGACAAACUGGAACCGAUUCUCGAAGCACGAGCACGCGAGCUGGGCGCCGAUAUUCGACGCGAGCUAAAGCUUUUGAACAUUGAGCAGAAUGAAUCCGGAGUGACUGUCACUGUCGAGGACUCCCAGGGUGUUCAACAACAAAUCAAGGGCUCGUAUUUGAUUGCCGCAGACGGGAACCGUAGUACCGUCCGUGAGAUACUACAAAUCCCCCGCCAAGGCCGUGGCUUCAUGCAGACAAUCCAGAGUGUUCUUUUCGAAGCCCCUCUACAGCAGUGGACGAAGGGAUUUGUUCAAUUCGACAUCGAUCAACCAGAUCUUAAAGCCUUCCUCGCCUCCUACAGUGACGGCCGCUGGGCUCUCAUGUUCAAAGACACCAUCGAGCGCGACGAUGAAGCCCUCCACGCAGCCAUUUACCAAGCAGUUGGAAUUACCGAGUUCCCUGUUGAGAUUAUCACCACGGCCCAGUGGGAACUGACAGCUCUCGUAGCUGAUACUUUCCAAUCCGGACGGGUCUUCCUAGCAGGCGAUGCGGCGCAUACCCUCCCACCGAACCGUGGUGGCUACGGAGCAAAUACAGGAAUCCACGAUGUGCACAACCUCGCCUGGAAAAUUGCCGCCGUGCUCUCUGGGAAAUCAUUCCCCGAUCUCCUGGAUACAUAUAACACCGAAAGAAGACCCAUCGCACUGUUGAGACACGACCAGAUCUUUGUUCGUGCAGAUUACAAAGUACACCUCGAUACCGCGACAGCACCCGGUGAAAAGAUAGACGACGAUGCGAUAGAAUUCGGACAGAUAUAUAUUUCUCAAGGAAUUAUUGGCGCUGACGAGAGCUUGCCACGAGCGAUGAAGCCUGACGAGUGGAGAGGUCAGCCGGGUACACAUUUGCCACAUUUCUGGAUUGAAAGAGAUGGGCAGAAUGUCUCAAGCCUUGAUCUUGUUGGUUAUGAAUCAUGGACACUGCUCUCUGAGUGCGAUGAAUGGACUAAGGCUGUCUCAGAAGUUAACGGGAAGUCUCCUAUUCAAGUGCAUUCUGUUCAGUUUGGCACUGAUGCGAACAUUACCCCACAGGGUGAUUUUCAGAAGCUUUUUGGAGUUUCACAGGGCGGCUGUGCUCUUGUUCGACCGGACGGAUACAUUGCCUGGAGGUCAAGCGAGCUACCAUCAGAUGCAGCGAAGGCUUUGGAUGGCGCUGUGUCGCAAGUUGCAUUUCGAUUGGAUGUUGAUGAGUAA